GGGGGAGGGAUACCCGACAAAUUCUUGGCCACGUUGAGACUAGGGGACUCAAAUGAUUACAUAUCUCCGUCACAGGGUUGCGUUGUUUCUCUUGAGGCUAGUUCCACAAGGCAAGACAAAUCACAGAACCUUGAGAAAGUUGGGACUGCACUAAACGAGGACAUGUAUAUAAAUGAUAGUUUAUAUGUGGCAUGCUUUGUGAGUAAUUGUGGUUUCUUAUUGGUUCCUCUAACUUCAAAAUUCUUGUUCCCUGCAGUCCGAAGGAUACUCUUUGGACGGAGGGGACUUCUUUCACCAUUCUUACAAUUCUGGACCAAAAUACUGGAACAUUCAUUGGCACAUGCGGUACUUUCAAGUUGACAUGUCAAUUUAUAGAGGACUACCCGAAUAAACCACCAACAGUGG